GGGGAAGUGCAGCAAUGUUAGCAAUGAAGGAACUCGCUCAGUAUUCACCCUAACCCAUGACUCCAGUUUCUUUUUAUUUAUUACUCCAUCUAUGGGAGAAAUGAGUGUGUUUAUAAAAUGUGGCAGCUGAGAUGCAAGGCUGUGUUUUGCUCCAAGGCAAGGGGGACCUAGUGGGAUGCGAUUUCCUUUCCAGCCUGGCCUGACCCCAGCUUUCCUGGAAAAAAAAAAAGAAGAGAAAAAAAGCUUUUUUUUUGCAGUGAGAAGAAGGGUGUUAGCAAAUUACACAGAGACUUUUUUUCAAGAAGUGUCAGGCAGGGAAGGCAGUGAGGGAGCUGCUCCACUGCAACGACUCGUGUUGAAUUUCUUUUGAUUUUCGUUCCAGGCUUUUUGGAUAUCUCUUAAUGGAUUAAGUUAAGUGUUGACUUGGGGGAUUUGCUGAAAGCGGACCCUGCUGAGGGAAUGGCAAACCGGGGGAAAUUGCCUCUGAGGAGAUCGUUCAGCGAGCACAUCAAAGUCUCCACCAACAAGGCUUGGGAUCUGUUCUGGAAGAGCGCAAGAGAGAAGCGGCUUUCAGAGAUUGAAACAAAGGAGGCUUGUGACUGGCUUCGGGCAGCUGGAUUCCCUCAAUAUGCCCAGUUAUUUGAAGAUUCCCAGUUUCCUAUCAACAUAGACCUUGUGAAAAAUGAUCAUGAAUUCCUGGACAGGGACUCCAUCGAUUCACUCUGCAGGAGAUUAAAUACUUUAAAUAAAUGUGCGGAAGUGAAGCUAGAGCUUGGGCAGCCCAGUCGAAGGAGUGAGGAUUCAGAAGAUGAGGAGCCUUGUGCCAUCAGCUCAAAAUGGGCCUUUGAAAGACACAGCAAGAGGUGGUCCCGCUUGGAAGGUCUGGAGUGCUUCAGCGUUUUGUCUCCGGAGAGCUUCUACCUCAAAAGAAUGGACAGCGUUGACACCACCUUGGACAGCGGAGAGAAGCAGGACGCAUGCUCCUUGCACAGCUCCAGCAGCGACGGAUCCUGCGUUCAGAAAACAGCCCUGGACAACUUGGAGACCAGCAGGAGCUCUUCCAGAUGUUCCUCGAGCAAGCCAGCGUCCCUGGACACCUCCUUCAGCGGACCCCCGUCCCCGAGCGAAAUCCAGAGUUGCGGCGGCGAGGAGAAAGUCCUGGAGAAGCCUCCAAAGAAAAAAGGAAAGAGCCUGCUGAGGAAGAUGGAGAAGCUCCGAAUGCACAGCUCCAGCCUGAAGAGGCCGCCCCGCGGCAAAGCCAAGCCGCUCAUCAGCGGGCCGGUCCCACAGGAGGGCUUCGACGAGGACAAGCUGAGGCGCUUCAACUGCGUGGACAUUUCAGAGCUUCAGGGAGAGCAGAGCAGGAGCAACUCGUCACUUUCCAGGCUGUCGUGCAGCAGCAGCAGCAGCAGCAUCAGCCCGUCCGAAAGCAGCAGUGCCGUGAGCACGCCCAGCCCCGUCACGAGGGUCCGCAGUCACGCCAAGAGGGCCGGGCUGUGCGAGGAGCAGGAAACGGCAGACCUGUCCAACGGGAACGAGAGAAACCUACAAGAGAACCUCAUCUUUCAAAUCCCGCAGGGGCAUAAGCCAGGGACUUUCCCAAAAGCGCUCACCAACGAUGUUUUGUCGCCCAUAGACAACACCUCGGUGAACUGGAGAACAGGCAGCUUUCACGGGUAUGGAGGCAGAAGGUCGAGGUCUUCAAAAGACCAGGAACUUGCCUGCAGCCCCCUCGCUGUCGCUGACCACCGGAUCAGCAUUUAUGACAAUGUUCCAGGUGUCCACGUUCAUCUCAGAAAGCCGGGAGAGAUCGGUGACGACGAUGUUUUUUCGGAACUGGAUGAGGUCAUGGAACGCAUCAACGGCAUUCAGCAGCUGGUCAACCAGUGGACGGAGAAGAUGUCCGAAGACGGAGACUCUGACUUUGCCAACGACUCAAUCUCCCCCUGCCCGUCUUCUCCGAACGAAAUGCACCUUGAAAUUGACAAGCAUCUAGAGGGGGAUGAUGUGGGUUCAGAAACAGAGGUGGAUGAUGCAGAUAAAAAUGCCAACGAGCUCCAGUCUGCAGAGGUCAGCUUUGUCAGAGAUUCUGGAGUUGGAUCGUCUUUAAGACAUCGCAACAGGCAGCAGAGGUUGCACUGGUCCGGCGAGCACAAUCUCCACUCGCAAACGUCCUGCCUGCAGAUUGACAGGCAGUCAGCAGCUCAGCUGAACCUGCUACAGAAGAUGGCUCUGCUGAAACUCACAGCCCUGAUGGACAAGCACUCCCCCUGCAGCAGGCAGGGCUGGAACUGGACAGUUCCCAAGUUCAUCAGGAAGAUAAAGGCUCCGGAUUACAAAGACAGGACUGUGUUCGGUGUUCCACUGCUUCUUAAUGCCCGGAGAACAGGGAACCCUUUACCACUGAGCAUACUGAAGGCAAUGCACUACCUCAGAAACCAGUGCCUUGACCAGGUUGGACUGUUCAGAAAAUCGGGAGUGAAGUCUCGUAUCCAGCACCUGAGGGAGAUGAACGAGACGGACCCGCAGAGUGUGAGCUACGAGGGCCAGUCAGCCUUCGACGUGGCUGACAUGGUGAAGCAGUACUUCAGAGACCUGCCUGAGCCCGUCUUCACCAGCAAGCUCUGCGAGUCCUUCCUGCACAUCUACCAAUAUUUCCCUAAAGAUCAGCAGUUGUCGGCAGUUCAAGCCGCUGUUCUCCUGCUCCCAGACGAGAACAGAGAAGCUCUCCAGACCCUCUUGUGUUUUCUCCGUGACGUGGUGGCCUGUGUUGCAGAGAACCAGAUGACUCCUACAAACAUCGCGGUCUGCCUGGCUCCAUCUCUCUUCCACCUCAACACCUUGAAAAGGGAGAGUCCGAUAACGUCCAGGUCUAACCAGAGGAAGCACAGUCUAGGGAUGCCAGACCAGAGAGACCUGAGUGAGAACCUGGCUGCCUCUCAGGGGCUGGCGCACAUGGUAGCAGAGUCCUCUCGGCUCUUCCAGGUGCCAGAAUACUGGCUAUUCCAGAACGAGGACUCUUUCAGUGAUGAGAUGAGGCAGAGUGAAAGGGGGCAGUGUCCCACACAGAACAGCACGCAGGCUUACCUGCACGAUUCAAUGCAAAUCGUGCUGACGGAGGUCAGGGAUAAAUUCAAAGGCUGGACGACCUGUGUUGCCUCGGAACAAGUGGAGCUGGCUUUCAAAAAGGUAGAUGACGCACAUCCCUUGCGACUCUGGAAAGCAACGGCCGAGAUCGAGGCGUCCCAGGGGGAGGUCCUCAAUCGAAUACUGAGGGAGCAGAACAUUUGGGACAAGAACUUCCAGCAGUCGAAGGUCAUUGAAGCCCUGGACAAACACACUGAGAUAUAUCACUAUACAACACAGAGCGCCGUGUCUCAGCCACCCCGAGACUACGUUGUGCAAAGGUCCUGGCAGGCUGACAUUCACACAGGCACCUGCGUUUUAGCUGCUGCCUCUGUGGAGCACGCUGGCGCCCUGUGUGAGGGGAUCAGAGGAGAGGUGAUGGCGUGCCAGUACCUGAUCCAGCCCACGGGACUGCGGAAAACCAGACUGACUCACAUCUGCAGAACAGACUCCAGGGGACGAACCCCAGAGUGGUACAAUAAAGUGUUCGGACACCAGCUUGCUGCAGAGCUGCUCCGGAUACGAGACUCCUUCAAACCCGAAAUGAAAGAGACAAAAAUCUAACCUUCCUCUGAGGAGGACAAUGGACAAACAAACAAACACAACACAGGCACUUUAACAACGUUAGCAAACCAGGAUGAGGAACUCUGCCAGCCCAAAUAAAGAGGGAUGAAGGGCUUCUUCAGAACCCAGUCCUACAGUAAUAUAGACUUCUGUGUCUGGGCUCAUAACAAUGAUUGUUUGAUGAACUGAUAAGUGUAUCCAGUGGCUAUGCAUGAUCAACCCUGAGAAUGAAAGCCCAGAGCACGAGCACACUCAGGCUCUUACUCUGCAUUCAGUUCAGCUGCAUGAGGUCCAUUCUGCAGCGCUCUGAACCACCAGGCUCUUACUCUGCAUUCAGUUCAGCUGCAUGAGGUCCAUUCUGCAGCGCUCUGAACCCCCAGGCUCUUACACUGCAUUCAUUUCACCUGCAUGAGGUCCAUUCUGCAGCGCUCUGAACCCCCAGGCUCUUACUCUGCAUUCAUUUCACCUGCAUGAUGUUUAAAUCUACCUCUUUGAGGAAAUACCUAAUAUAAAUACAUUCUAGACACAUAUACAAUAUAGCAGCAGUGUGGAGUAGUGGUUAGGACUCUGGACUCCUGACCGGAGGGUCGUGGGUUCAAUCCCGGGGGGGGGGGCACUGCUGUUGUACCCUUGAGCAAGGUACUUUACCUAGAUUGCUCCAGUAAAAAUCCAGCUGUAUAAAUGGGUAAUUGUAUGUAAAAAUAAUGUGGUAUCUUGUAACAAUUGUAAGUCGCCCUGGCUAAGGGCAUCUGCUAAGAAUUGUAAUACAAUAUAUAUUCAUAUAUAUAUAUAUAUAUAUAUCAAUGUAAAAAUAAACAAAUGUAAACAGAUUGAAAUGUAAGAAAUAGAAGGAUCACACUUCACCAUCGUGGUGUUAUUUAAUUGCUGUUAUUUGUGUGUCAUUUUUUUUUCAAAAUAUCUAAAAGUCCUGCUAGAAACACAAAGCUUUCCUUCCUGAGUUACUUAAGGAAUAGUUUUUCAAAGCUUUU